UUGGCAGUUCUUGGCCAGGCUUUCAAGUGUGAGGGACGCUCGAGAUAUUCAAGAACAGUCGUACUACUGGAAAUCGGGCUUGGGAGUUGUUCAAGACUUGGAAGGUUCUCUCUCUCGCCGUGAUUGGGAUUGAAUUGGAAAGUAAUCCACGACUAGGACCCAAUAGCCCCGAGAACCUCGAGAACCUCCUCGCUUGUGAUUCGGAAGAGAAACCCCUCUGUGAUUGUUGAAUCGACUCCGGAAUCGGUCCCUAAUGCAGGGUUGAAGUGUAAUCAGGAUUGAUUGGUGGCUUGUGCGUGUGCGUGUGUACUAUGACAGUGUCGAAUUUUGGCACAAUGAUGAGACCUAUGCCAUUCACAGGAUACCCAUUUCAAGGUCAGGGGCGUGUCAAUCAGCUGGGAGGCGUGUUCAUCAACGGCCGUCCACUGCCCAACCACAUCCGUCUGAAGAUCAUCGAGAUGGCCGCAGCGGGUGUGCGUCCUUGUGUGAUCUCCCGCCAACUCCGCGUGUCCCAUGGGUGCGUCUCCAAGAUCCUGAACCGCUACCAAGAGACCGGCUCCAUCCGUCCGGGCGUGAUUGGCGGCACCAAGCCUAAACUGGCCACCCCGGAGAUCGAGAAGAAGGUGGACAACUACAAGAGCGAGAACCCGGGCGUGUUCAGUUGGGAGGUCCGGGAUCGACUCAUCAAGGAAGGUAUAUGUGAUAAGAAUACCGUUCCGAGUGUCAGCGCCAUCUCCCGCCUCCUCCGGGGACGCGAAGACGAAAAGAAAGACAGAGACAUGUCCAAUGUUUCAGUGAAAGAUGAGGAAGAGGGCGGAGAGGACAGCGAUUUGGAGGCCGAGCCCGGAAUUCCCCUGAAACGGAAACAACGCCGAUCCCGAACCACAUUCACGGCCUAUCAACUGGAUGAGUUGGAGAAGGCCUUCGAGCGCACUCAGUAUCCCGAUAUCUACACCCGAGAGGAACUGGCCCAACGCACCAAGUUGAGCGAGGCCCGCAUUCAGGUCUGGUUCUCGAACCGGCGGGCCCGUCUCCGAAAACAGGCCCAGUCCUGUCCACCGUCGGCCUACAAUCCCAUGGGACUGCCCAUGUCCUACACGGGCAACCCGUAUAUGUCGGCCGCGGCCAUGUCCGGGAUCAGUCCGGAUUUCUCCACCUCCAGCUCAGUUCCUCACUCCUCGCCGUCGCUGUCGGCCCACGAAAGCUCGUUGUAUUCAUCCUCAAACAUAUCGGCCUAUGCAGCCUCUAGUGCAGCCUUAAACCAGUCCAUGAACCCCUAUGGGUCGUCCAACGGCGGGUCCUCCAGUCUUCUGGCCUCUCAGAUGUCACCGUUGAAUAACAAUACCUUAUCCAGCGGAUCCACUCCAGGCGGUGGCUCUGCGUCCAACAAUAUUCACCACUCUCAACAACACCAUCAUCAACAUCUGGAAGAGCAACAACAACAGCAGCAACAGCAACAGCAGCAACAACAACAACAGCAACAACAGUCACACCCACAAAUGUCCAACUCGAACCCGUCCCCCAACUUCAGUCACUCUAAACUGGGCUCUUCGACAUCACCGUCCUCUCAUUUGUCUGCCGCAGCCUCGCUCUCUCCUCACCACACAGACUUGGCGGGCGGGUUGAGUUCGGCUGCGGCCAGUAGCGGGUUUGCUGCGGCGGAGAAUUGGACGGCCGCACUUCAGCGGAGCGCGGCCUCGCAACAAAUGACCUCAGCGGCCGCAUUCGCCAGCCACCCUGGGUUUGCCGCAGCAGGCAUGUACGGCUGGUAUUAGAGAAGACAUCAUGGUCAAAUUUAAAGCCAAAAGGACAGGCUUGGAGGUCCUAAACACUAUUUAAAGAGAGUCAAAAAACGUUAAAAAAUAUUGUGAUGAUGAGCUAUUCUUCUCUCCGUUUUUAUGUUUUGUGGUCAGGUGCCCCUUGUAAAUAGUACAUGACGCCUUCGAUGUUUGUCCCUGUGUAUCAAACAUAAUUGAACCAUGCAUACAUGUUCAUGAAUACACCUCAUUUCCCAAGAACUCGAGACUCGCUU